GCGGAUCAGAACUCAACUGUCUGUGAUGAGAACAGUCAAAUCGUAAUGGCGACUGCUGGGACAGCAGACUCGGGAUCAACAGCCCCGACAGGGACCAGUGGCAUCCGAAAAAUGGCCCCUUCAGAGAUGCCUGGCUCUUCAGGCACAACUCAGAGUAUGAAGAAGACCAUCGGACACCGGGGGGUUGAGACCACCACAGGAGAGACCACCUAUAAAAAGACCACAUCAUCUGCCCUAAAAGGUGCCAUCCAGUUGGGGAUUACUCACACAGUUGGCAGCUUAAGCCAAAAGGCAGAGAGGGAUGUUCUCAUGCAGGACUUUGUGGUGGUCGAAAGCAUCUUCUUCCCCAGUGAAGGCAGUAACCUGACCCCUGCUCACCACUACAGUGACUUUCGCUUUAAGACCUACGCUCCUAUUGCCUUUCGUUACUUCAGAGAACUCUUUGGUAUUCGGCCAGAUGACUACCUGUAUUCUCUGUGUAAUGAGCCACUGAUUGAGCUGUCUAACCCCGGAGCCAGCGGAUCCCUCUUCUAUGUCUCCAGCGAUGACGAGUUCAUCAUAAAGACUGUUCAACACAAAGAAGCAGAGUUUCUCCAGAAACUCCUGCCUGGAUACUUCAUGAACAUAAACCAAAACAAGCGCACCCUCCUACCCAAGUUCUACGGGCUGUAUUGUGUUCAGGCAGGAGGCAAGAAUAUCCGUAUUGUAGUAAUGAACAAUCUUCUGCCUCGGAUCAUCCCCAUGCACCUCAAAUAUGACCUCAAAGGCUCCACCUAUAAGAGACGAGCUUCCCCUAAGGAAAGAGAAAAGGCGGUUCCCACUCACAAAGACCUGGACUUCAUCCAGGACUUGCCCGACGGGCUGCUGCUGGAAGCGGACAACUACAAUGCCCUGUGCAAGACUAUACAGAGGGACUGCUUGCUCUUGCAGAGUUUCAAGAUCAUGGAUUACAGUCUGUUGAUGGGCAUCCACAACAUGGACCAGGCCAGCCGCGAGCGGGAGCGCAGCGGGGGCAACUCGGGUGACAGCGGGGGGUCAGAGGGAGCAGUGACCCCAGAUCAGCGCCGACCACAGGCUCAGAAAAGUCUCUACUGUACCGCCAUGGAGUCCAUCCAGGGGGAGGCUAGAGGGAAGGGAGCUUUGGAUUCAGAAGACCACAUGGGCGGUAUUCCAUCUCGUAAUACUAAAGGAGAGAGGCUGCUGAUCUACAUCGGCAUCAUUGACAUUCUCCAGUCCUACAGGUUUAUUAAGAAGUUAGAACACUCCUGGAAGGCCUUGGUCCAUGAUGGGGACACAGUUUCAGUUCACAGACCCGGCUUCUAUGCAGAUCGUUUCCAGCAAUUCAUGUGCAACACAGUGUUCAAGAAAAUUCCACUAAAACCAUCACCGUCUAAGAAGAGUCGUGGUGGAGGUCAGGGUGGUCUGCGGAGGGCCCCGACCCUGGGAGCUCCAACCCCGCUCUCCCAUGCAACAUCAGGCGUUGAUUCCCGACUUGUCUACCACAGCCACUUUAAAAGCACAGAUUCAGAGGCAGACAGUGGUGUGCAAUUAGGUAGACCAGAUCUUGUUCCGAGGACCCCUCCCCUUGGAGAAAACCCUGCUGACUAUGAGGCCAACCUGUCCACCUCAUCACUAGGAAGCACAGGAGUUGCCUCCACCUCUCCUCCCCUACGGUCUGUCGGGGUGGAAGUGCACAAAUCGGCAAACACAGACUUUGACCAUCACAGUUUGGAGGCAGAAGGGGCUCUAGAUAAUUCAGGCAACCUGUCUGGAAACGAAGAUGUAGUUUCACUCUCAGACAUCAUCCCUGAGACCAACAUCUGCUUUUAAAAACCAGACAUCUGAAGACGAGGCGUUGCUGGAAGAUGUGCAGUGGCUGACGUAACAAUAAAGAGAGUGACAGUCACCCAUCCACCACGGAACCUCCGUUGCACUUCUGUUGUUUUCUCACCUGUACAUUACAAACAGGGAUCGCUGGAUGAAGCAGCGAGGUGCAGUGGAACUUGUGACAAUGUAGAAAGCAGUGGUGAGAAAAUCAACAGGAAGACGGCCUGCGGUAGGCUUUAGCUUUCUCAGCAGUCGACAUCACAAAGCCCGACUGUCUUUGAUAAACAUUGGAAAAAAGGCUCAUGACCCUCAAUUGGCAGCUCUUAAGUAGCUCUGACAGCAUUACAUUAAUUAAAAAGGAUUGUCCUUAACAUUUACAACGUAAAAAGAUGCUUCAAUGACAUGAUAAACAAAAUAAUUAGUUGUAUAUUGUUAAAAAGUCCAUGACCGAGUCACCAGCGGAUGGUGAAGACAGUCAAAUUAUCCAUGAAGAGUCAGUCAUUGUGUCCACUCAUCGCAGCAUGAAGCGAUUGUGAGAUCAGCAUUUCAACAGGAACACACACACACACACACACACACACACACACACACUUAAGAGCACAUGAAAGGCAUGGUCUGCAUAUGUAGGAGUGAAUAUUUGCCUCUGUGUUCAUGCGGAAGUCUAAGUGCGUUCACAUUUCCGUGAUUCACACUCCCGUUACCGCACAUCCAUUUCCCUCUCGUCACUCCUCAGGAGCAGGGGCACUCUGAGCGGUUCUGUUCAAAUCAACACUUGCUGCUGUUUUCUCUGCAAUCACGUAUGCAUUUCUUUUUACUGAUUGUGGAUGUACACUAUUUGUUUGAAAUUUAGAUUUUGAAACAGCGGAGGGAUGGCUUGAACCAGAACCUCUCCGGUCAUUUCGUUUCACGUUUUGUUCUAAGUUAUUCUGCUGGAAGCCACGGCAGUGCUGCAAAGGUCCGACUAGAUCUUGCCACUGCUGAAUGUACAUUACAAUGUUUUUCUUAUAUAGAAUGUGUCUUAUUAACAUGGCAGACCACAUUUGUACAACCCUGCAAAUCUCCCCCUCUGACGUGACCAUAUGUGCUCUAAAUGAAUACAGAGAGAAGAGCCGUGGACAGCACUGCUGGCUAGUAGAUGCUGUUAACCCAUUGAAGCCUGGAAAGCGGAUACGUCGUUUUGUAGUAUUUGUAUAAGCUCUCAAAUACUUUUUGAAUUUCAUUUCUAUCUGCUACAGAGGCUGAACAAUCUAUUAUUUAGCAGAAGCGUUGACACUUCUGUUGAAUUUCCAGAAAAACUUUAGGGGCUGAUUUUAAAAUCGCCCAGAGGUUUUACAGGAAGUUUUAGGCGUCAAUGGGUUAAAUGAAGUUAUGGUAUUAAGCUAGUAGAAUAGUAAUAAUUUCCAGCUACUGUCAGUCGUCAGUCGUGUCUGUGCCUUUACAUGUCUUUCCCCUACAUAACGUGAUGUAUAACUGACAUUUUUACAGGUGAGUGUUGUAGUCACACAGAGAGAACUUGCCUUAUCACUACAGCUGAAGUCAUUAAACUGCCAUUUGUAUGUCUGGACCAACAAUCAGGGCUUUUCGGAUUUUAAUGCAAACACUAUAAUCCCUUCUGGUUAUGUCGAGUUCUCUGUCGCAGCGGCUCGGUUAAUCCCUCUAACUCUCCCGACAUCAGACAGUAAGGAUGUCUCUCUUGUUCAUUUCUGCUGGUUACAGAAAUGACCCUUGCCCCACAUCCACUCUUGGACCAAUGUUGUUAACCAUGUGUAUGACUAAUAUUUGUAUUUUUUUUGUAUGUAGUCUUACUCGGCUUUUACGCAGCUGUUCAUAAAAACAAUAUGCCUUGUUUUCAUAAAAUAUUUUGUUGUUGUUUAGGGCGCUAAACAAGCCGCCGAGGUGGCGGAUGGAGAGCUUUUAACCCCCAUGAGAUUUGUGAUACAGAAAUUUGAAUCACUACCAAGUGACUGUAGCAACACUCAAGAUCGUAGACAUCAUCUCAUUUAAUCAGGAAAUACUAUUUAUGUUUUGUAGGCACAUUUGGUCUAUACAGCAGAGAGGGAGAUGGGGAAAUGUGAGUUAUGUGAAUACAGAAGGAAGGAAAACAAUUCAUGUUCAUAAAUGCACAGUUAAGGAUUUAGGACUGAGUCUUUUGUAGCCAGUCGCGGCACCAAAGAAAGGAGUGGGGAGUUCCUGCGAUUAUUCAGGAUCCAGUUAAAUGAAAUCAGACACUCCUCCAUACCUGCAUGGACUGAUAUGUUGUACAUGGUAAUAACACUGGGUUGACCGGUGUUUUAAAGAUCUGUUAUUAAACUGGAUGUUUGUUUGUUUUUUUGCUAAAUAAUGUCAUGUCUGAUAAGCUGUAUGACAUAAAUGUACUUUUUAUCAGAGAAUCGGUUUACUUUAUAGUCUGAGACAUUUCAAGAUUUAACUCCACAUUCCUGUGAAAUUUCAAGUCAAAUUUACUACAAUUGUGGUAGCUCUUAGAACCCAUUAUUUACCACCUUUGUGUAGCUGGGAUGAUGUACUAGAAAAAUGAUUUUUUUCUGAUAUUAUGCUGAAAUGUAAAAUAUCGAUUAUUUCAAACAGUUUAAAGUUUUAUUUAGUUGGUUGAGUCAAACAGCCACCAAAGAAAACACUCCAAGAAAUUAUUUCUCAUCAGAAAAAUCCAGAUUAUAUUUUGUGACACCUGGAUUUUUGAUGUUUUAUGUUGUACCUUUUUUUUGUAAAUGGGUGGUACUGUGUAAUUGCUGGAUGCAGACCAGUUCUGUUGCAGUUAUGUACUACACCCUGGCACAAGAGAAACAUCAUCACACGGUGCUUAAAGGUGGUGCAGUCAGUGUAGACACUACAGUUUAUUUGUUAAAGUAAUGCAAUAUGAACCACAAUCUGCCACCUUUCAGCUCGAAAAAGUAUAUUUAUUGAUAUGAUUGAUUGCUGCAGGCUGAAAUGACAAAAGUUGUAUUCUGUACCUUUUUAGAUGAUUGUACGUAUACUGUAUACUGACAGAAGGAUGUCUGAAACUUUAUAGCGUGUAUUGCCUAUAAAGGGGGACUAUUUGACAAUUUCACUUUUUAUAUUUCAUGUUUGGAUUGUGAUAUGAUGGAUAUAUUCGCUCCAUGAUUGUGGGUUGUUAAUCUCCCAUGCUUUUCUACAUGAAUGUUUCACACGGCUCACGAGCCAACGUUGCUGGUUGUCCUUAAAUGCUUCACUUACUAUAUUUUUACUGUGUAUAAAAUGUGUAUAUGUACAUAGGAGUCACGGAAAUGCCUUUUCAUGCAAUAUGUGCUGCCUGUCCCUCCUGCCAUGUUUCUGUUAUGUGGUGGUGAUGUUUUCAUGUCUGAUUUUAAAGGAUUAAACAUAUUUUCUAAA